AUGAAGUACCAGCUGGGUGGUGGUGGUGGUUUUUCAUCACCCCCAUGGGUGGCAGGGACCAAUGAACAGAAUGCAAGUCCUGCAGAGUUCACCUCUGUGAAUUUAAAGGAAGAAUUCCUCAAGAGGCGGGCGGGGAAAGCUGCGCACAUGCCCAGUCAUUCCCACAGAGGACCUGUCUCCUGGUUCCACGGCGCCUUUGGGAUUUGCGGUGAAAUUGCCCUCCCCAAACUGCAUGUGGCCCCAGAGGUUGCUCACUUAUCACUAGUUCUUUUAAGAUGUUUUCAAAUAUGGACCAUGGUAAUUUGCUGCUGCAGUAUUGAAACUGUGAAGACUUGUCAUUUGAAGAAAAAUAAAUCGCUGUAG